UCAAAGGCCAUGGAAAUGUGCCUCACCGGCAACAUGAUAAACGCCCAAGAAGCUGAGAAGUCUGGUCUGGUCAGCAAGGUUGUGCCAGCCGAUCAACUGGUAAGCGAGGCCAUCAAGCUUGGUGAGAAAAUCGGCACACACUCCAAGAGGCAAGAGGGUCUCAAUUUUGAGCGUUGCACCUUCCAUGCCAUAUACUCGACGGCUGAUCGUAAAGAGGGCAUGCAAGCCUUCGUCGAGAAACGCCCUGACAAUUUCAUGAACGAAUAGAUGGGAGAAUUAAGAUUAUCCAAUUAAAAGCCAGUAA